AUGGUGUCUUCCAAUGGUCGGUCCUUGGGUUGGCUCUUAUUAUUGCCAGUGUUCAUGGCAUUGAUAUAUUUAAAAUCCCCCGGAAAUUAUGAUAGCAACCAUAAACCAAUAAUAACCCAGUCCUCAUCAUCACCUGUGAAAAUAAUCGACAACUCUGCAAGGGCCGAGGAAUAUGAAUCAUUGGGACUCACCAAUUCACCGUCGAUUGAAAUUGAGCUUCCAAACAACAUGAGAAAAACCAUCCAUGGACGGUUCUUGCACAUUACCGACAUGCAUCCUGACUUUUUCUAUAAAGAGUCAACUUCAAUCGGCACCGCUUGCCAUCUGGGUCAUGGAAAUGCUUCGUUUUAUGGGGAUGCCAUGAUGGGCUGUGACUCUCCUUAUGCGCUCGUGAAGGAGACAUUGGAUUGGAUCGAAGCUAACCUCAAGGAUAAGAUUGAUUUUGUCAUUUGGACCGGUGACAAUGUACGUCAUGAUAAUGACCGGGCCUAUCCACGUACUGAGGACCAAAUUUUUGAUGUCAAUGAAAAUAUCAGCAGUUUGAUGACCCUCAAGUUCAAAGGAGAGGACUCGUUGGAUCCAAGAGCGUUCCAAGUCCCGUUGGUGCCAAGUCUUGGAAAUAAUGAUGUGUAUCCUCAUAACUUAUUUGCUUUGGGACCAACUUUACAAAGUCGAUUACUUUAUAGAACUUGGCUGAGUUACAUUCCUCAAGACCAGGCGCAUGUAUUUGAAAAAACCGCUUGCUUUCUUUCAGAAGUCAUUCCUGGAAAGCUUGCAGUUCUUUCGAUCAACACGUUAUAUCUUUUUAAGAGCAAUCCUUUGGUUGACAAUUGCGAUAAAAAGAAACAACCAGGAUAUACCUUAUUUGUUUGGCUAGGAUAUACUCUAAAGGAGUUACGUCGCAGAGGAAUGAAGGUCUGGCUCUCGGGACACGUUCCUCCAGUGCCUAAGAAUUUUGAUAUCACUUGCUACAGAAAGUACAUUCUAUGGCUCUACGAAUAUCGGGAUAUUAUCAUUGGGGGUGUGUACGGCCAUAUGAAUCUUGAUCAUUUUGUACCUUUGGACGCGGUUGCUGCAUACCAGUCUUUAAAAAAAGAUACGCCGAUGCCAGGAUUUCAAGAUCUUGUUAGCGCUUUUCAAGAGUUAGAUGAGGAUGAUGAAGAUGGAUAUAUUUCACUUACUGAGCUCUAUUCGGCAUUUGGGAUUGAUGAUUCUCAUGGUGCAGCUGCCGCCAAAUUGUCUUCGGAACUUCAUGCGCUUGGUGCGUCUCCAGGGUCGAACAAAGUUAGUUAUAUGGACACGGUGAAUGAUAUAUUCUAUUCUUCUGUUAUUUCCAGCUCACAAGGGGUAAGCCAGGAAAGCGAUAAGAAGAACAACAAGAAGGACAAAAAGAAGAAGAACAAAAAGAAGAAGAAGAAGGAAUAUAAUGAUGGGACAAGAUACCUGGUCAUUCAUGUUGCAGGAAGUGUUAUCCCUACGUUCAACCCAGCGUUUAGAGUUUGGGAAUAUAAUGUCACCAACUUUGCUGAAGAAGCUGCUAAUAUUCAUACUGCAUCGUUUGAACCAUGGGAUGAUUUCUUUUAUGGCUUGGAACGAAAAAUCGAUGCAAUUGUUGGCUCAGAGGAAGAUGAGUACACCCAGGAAUAUUUGGAAAUUUUUAGUUUGCGCAAUGGAUUUGGGGCGAAAUCAGAUAAAUCGCUCCCUCCAAAAAUGCCAUCGGGUACUGGUCUUGGACCGGCGUUUGUUCCUCAAACAUUUACUCCUACGAAAUUCAGUCAAUUUUAUUUGGAUCUCGAAGCAGUUAACUCUGGUAAAAAAGAGUUUAGAUAUGAAGUUGAGUACACCAGUGAAAGCGAACCUUAUUCCAUGAAGUCUUUGCUUGCGAAUGACUGGGUUGAAUUGGCCAGAGAGUUGGCAAAAAAGAAGAAGGCUUGGAAUACAUAUUUACACAGAACAUUUGUGAGCACAAAUUACGAAGAAAUAAGGGCUUAG